UUUCAAUAGCAUUUUCGUUACUUCGAUUUGACGCAAGUGACAGUUAAUUUGACAUUUGACUACACUCACUGUCAAUGUCGCAUGAGAGGGAAUGCGCAAGAUACCGACUUAGUGAGACCUCACACCUUAUGAAUUCUACAAAGAGCCUGAAGUACAGUAAAAUUAUAGUCAGUAUCGUCUGCUAAAUUUGCAGCGUGUCUCGUAAUAAGUAAAUAUAACCUGCGGUCGGGUUUGAUUCAAUGCUACUUUUGUAAAAUACAAACUAUGAAAAUAUAUGUGUCAUUCGAUAAUUAUCUUUCAUAAAUGUUGAUUUGUUUACAAAACAACAUAUAUAUCUGAAUUAAAGUUCUUCAAAUCGUGAAUAUACGAUUAAUACAAAAAUGACAAUUGUCGAGUACGUACAACAACUUUCCGAUAAUCCAUACUUUGGUGCCGGGUUUGGAUUAUUUGGUUUAGGUGCUGGAGCUGCCAUAUUAAGAAAAGGCUUUCAAACAGCUACCAUACUUUUUCGGCGACAUUAUAUGAUAACAUUAGAAGUACCAUGUAGAGAUAAAAGUUAUGAAUGGCUACUGAAGUGGAUAACAUAUAAGGGUGCUCGCAAGACUCAACAUUUAGCUGUAUCAACAAGUUUUCAGCAAAGCGAUACAGGAUAUGUAUCUACCAGAUAUGAAUUCAUACCUAGUAUUGGAACACAUUUUUUCAGGUAUAAAAAUAAUUGGAUCAAAGUUGAAAGAACUCGGGAGCAGCAAAUGCACGAUGUCAAUCUUGGAAUGCCAUUUGAGUCAGUGCAUCUUACUGCUUUUGGAAAAAAUAGAUCAAUAUACUUUGAUAUAUUAGAGGAAGCAAGACAUAUGGCUUUAGAAGAGCAUAAAGGUAAGACCAUUAUGUAUACAGCUAUGGGCCAUGAAUGGAGACAGUUUGGUCAUCCAAAGAAACGGAGACCACUUGACAGCGUGGUCCUUGAUGCCAAUAUUGCUGAUAACAUUGUCAAAGACUGUCAAGAAUUCAUACAAAAUGUAUCUUGGUACAGUGAUAGAGGCAUACCUUAUCGUCGAGGAUAUUUAUUGCAUGGUCCACCUGGUUGUGGAAAGUCUUCCUUCAUUACAGCUUUGGCUGGUGAGCUGGACAGAGGAAUCUGCGUCAUGAAUUUGUCUGAUAGAAUGCUGACGGACGACAGAUUGAAUCAUUUAUUAGCCAUAGCUCCACAACAAACUAUAAUUUUAUUGGAAGAUAUUGAUGCAGUAUUUGUCAGCAGAGAAGAAACAAAAGAAGUGAAAUCAGCCUAUCAAGGGCUUAAUUGCAUUACCCUGAGUGGUUUGUUGAAUGCAUUAGAUGGUGUAGCCUCCUCAGAGGGAAGAAUUUUAUUCAUGACAACUAACUAUUUGGAUAGAUUGGAUCCUGCUUUGAUCAGACCAGGAAGAGUUGACUACAAAGAAUACAUUGGAUGGUGCUCAGGUAAACAACUAGAACAAAUGUUUGUUCGAUUUUACAAAACAGACACUGCAGAAACUGAAGAUCUAGCAAAGCAAUUUUCUGAAAGUGUCUUGUCUCACAAACGAAAUGUGAGUCCUGCUCAAAUUCAAGGAUUUUUCAUGUUUUUCAAAAACGAACCAAAAGCUGUUAUAAAUAAUGUUUCCAAAAUUUGGGAAUUGACAUAAAUUAAUUUUAAAGUCGAUUAGUCAGAGCAAAAUAAAUAUUUUGCUUUCAACAA